AUGUCAGUUCUCGGCAGUCACAAAGCUCAGAUCACCAAUGCCGCAAACGCACUUCGCAUUAAGAUCAAUGAAGUGGAUGAGGCCACCCUCGAACCGUUGGAACUUACCACGGAGGCAGAUAAGGAUCCACAGUUCAUUCUUAGUCAUAAGAAGAGUGAGGGCCGACAAGUUUGCUCGCUUACACUCCGACGAGCACGGCGAGUAUCCCAUCCUCCGGGAGAUCCAGGAGCAUUGGGACGCCAAUGGCUGGAUCAACUUAUGGAGGAGGCCAAUACUCUCCAUGACCGUCUUGAUGUUGCUAUCAAACUCUUGGCGAGCUCAGAGCUUUUGUACUUUCUUCGUAAUCCGACUGUUCCUUUCUCUUCUUCUCUGGCUCAACAUCCUUCUUUGACCCUUCAGCCCGCGCAGAAGUUAGGAAUGGAAAUCGCGAGCCACCCGUCACUUCGGGAUCAGGAACAACCACCGCAGCCUGAUGCUCUCGCACUAGCUGAUGCCCCAGCAGCGUCACGCGCAGCAAGCCUCAGCCAAGGAUUCGUAACGUCCUCAAACCCUAACCCCACUUCAACUUUGUCCCUCGAGCAGUCGCUGAAAUUGCCUAUCUUUGAGAUCCCGACGUUUCAUGGCGACAUCGGGCCUGCAGCGAAUAUCGUCGCCGGUUUUCAGUCUACAGUAGAAAACUAUGAUGAUGCAGUACGAUCCCUGACUAAUACGUACGGACGCCCGGAGAUCCUUCGCAGCAAUCUUUGGGAUAAGCUGACACAGCUACCAGCAGCCUCAGACUCACCGGUGUCGCAACGCGCGACACUUGCUAUCAAAGCCGUGUGGAACCAGCUACAACAUCUUAAGGAAGACUCCAGUGCGAUCGGAACAAUCAAGACCAUUCGUACUAAGUUUCCUCGACGUACGCGCGAGAGGAUUGGUGAAUUCAAGCACAAAGGAGAUUCGAUGUGGACAGUAGACGAAGACUCUCGCUCACCUUGGAAAUACCCCAGUGCGGAUAGGAGAAGUGAAGCGUUUACUCGCUAUCGAACCCCAUCAAGAUCCGGGUUUAGAAGUACAGUCCUAGAAGAUCGCGAUUUAGAACACCUGAUGUGCGAUGUGCCUUCGGUCAUGAUUUUGGACAUUUGCCAGACCGUUGUAGAGCCUAUCCAGAUGUUAGGAAGCCUUUAUUUGUACGCAUUGGCCAAACAUCUGGGCCUGACGUUUAAGAACACAAGAGCAGUCACGACUCUGACGUUCGGAGGACAUCAACUUACGGGAGAGUCGUCAGAGGUUACCCUCACACUUUGGGACCAGUACAACCGUCCACUUCAAUUCGAGCUAUGGACGCGCGAGAAGAUCACCACGGUUCCAAGAGUCAACAACAGUAACGACAAUACCAUCGUCGACCCUGAAGAUAGAGUGGAAGCAGUUAUGCGGACCUUUCUUGGACUCGAUACACUGGAAUUGGACGAAAGCGAAGAUACGGAGAAUGCCGGAGUCAUCAGGCAAUUUUACGACACGGUUGCUAUUGUUGACGACGCGUCUAAACGCGCUUAUGCCACCGUCGUCUACAUUCUAACACGUCAUUCAGACGGCAAGCCACAGCCCACUUUGCUAUUUGCCAAAGCAAAGCUAGCCCCACCUGGCGCGAUUACCAUUCCGCGCAUGGAGCUUUUGGCUUGUCAUAUGGCAGCCAAGAUGUUUUUCAAGCAUUAUGAUCGAAAUGUUCAAUCACCUUAUAGUUGUUCUUGUGUUCAUUGUUGGCGUUAUGAGCCAGCUGGUCGAAGGUCAAAUACUCGGUGA